AAGCAAGCUCUAAAUAGAAAAAGUGUACAAUGUUUAACAUGUCAUUAAAUGGUAGAGAAUGAAAUAAUUAAAAUAAGAUGGGAAGAAUGGUGAUGGAGAAAACUUGGAGUGUAACAAGGCCGCCCGAUUCUGCUCUUUUUCUUCUUCUUUCCCGUCCCCUGCAGCUCCCGAAAGCCCCCCAAGUUGCUGGCCACAAUUUUCUUGAGGAAACCGAAAAUCCCGGAUCUGCUCUGUUCUUCCAUCCCUGUCCGUGACUUGCUCUGGGUUGGGUGAGAAUGAAUCUUCGGUUUUAGUUCUUCUCCAAAAACCCGCCGGUUUCCUCACCCAUCAACUCUGGUUCUGUUGUUGCCAGAAAAUUCUGGUAUGAUGGCCACUUCUUUAAGUUCGAAAUUAGCAAUCAAUUACUGCCCUGAAUCUUCGAAUUUCCUGCUUUGAUUUGUCCAUGUACUGUUCGAAUUUUCUACUGAAAGAGGGAAGAAUUUAGCAGCAUUUUAAAUGUGUUUUUGUGCUUGGGUUAUGUAGGAAUUUUGUUAAUUAGGCUGCUAUGAUCUCUAGAGAAAUUCCGUGAGAUUAGUUGUUGUUUUGCCAAUUUUGGAAGUUGAAGUUGCUGUUCACGGUACUGUUCAUGGGCACUGUUCACACACCGAGGGUCAACAAUUAACGGGGAUUUAAGUG